AUGAACCACGUUCCCAGCAUUGGCGACAUGGUGGUGCUAAAGGUGUGUUUCGUGCUACUUUUCCUUUUGGGGACUUCUUCAGCUAGCUCGAGGCUGUCUCAGGUGGGUCUACUCAUCAAAAGUGAUAGUCACCAUCACUCAACUGAUGAGCCCUCCGAGGACACACCUGGCAAUCGUGUAAGCAAACGCACUAAUGAUACGUGCAUGUGUGCCACCUUUCACAUGCAAUAUGCAGAAAACAACGAAAACAUCACCAUUCACUGCUCCAUAAAUAAGCACCUUCAGGAGCAUUUUUCUCUUCACAGCAAAAACGAAGAUGGUGGGUUUGAGCAACAAGAUCAACAACAUGAUGGUGGUAAAGGUGUGCUUCGUGCUACUUUUCCUUGUGGGGACUUCUACGGCUAG